AUGGCGACUUCAAUCGCUUCCAGUUUGAUACCCUGUCUGCGCAAUUUCAACAAUCUUGUCGCCCGGGAUGAGCUCAAUGCCCACGAAGCUGAAGUUCCGAGGAUAGCCUGGAAUGACGAAUUGGGCCGACUGCGCAUAUGGGCAGCCAACAUCGGCGCCCACCAGACUGGACAAUCAUCCCUCGAUUACCGCUUGAGAGACGCCUCUCAUAUCAGCAAGCAGAUACUAAGUUUGCUUGGAGAUCUGUGCUUUGCGUUGGACGAGGUCGGCCAAGUUUUAUUAGAUGGUCCGAUCCCGGAGGAAAUCGCAGACUCCGACGAAGAUGAUGAGACCGAGAUCCAGCAGCUGUACAAGGGCAUCUCAAACAUCAUUAAAUGCCUCUACCAGAUGUCGAUGCUUAUUCGCAAACCUGCCCGACAUGAUCGCCUGGUUCAAUGUCGAACAGACGACGCCGCCGUCUUCCUGCCAUACGAUCGAGAUCAUGUUUACCAUAAGUAUCCACAGGCGGAUAAUGAAACAAUCGAACGUCUUGCAUUCGCCAUCUCCAGAAGACGAGAAGAUCUUCGGUACCGUGAGAGGCACCAUUUGAAGCUCAGCCAGGGAAUAGAAUACGCUCAGAAUGAGACCAGACAAGAAGGUAAAUCUGUGGUCCUGUCUCAGACAAUUGCAACCGAUUUCAAGGAGACGCAUAUCGAGUUUGAGGACUCCGCCUCCAAUUCCGGGUUAUCUCAGACCUCCUAUGCCCCAUCCCUAGAGGGAGGUGGUGCAAUUACUGUGCCGCCUCCUCCGAAGCAGUCUGUCAACGAACAACCAUUCGAAUGUCCCUACUGCUUUUUCAUAAUAACAAUCAAGAAUAGAAGGGCCUGGACUCGUCAUGUUUUCAAAGACAUCCUCCCGUAUACAUGUGUGUUCCCUGAUUGCCAAGCGGCCAAGAAGAUGUACGAUAGUCGACACGAAUGGUUCGAUCACGAGUUGAAAGCUCACACCAAGAAGAUAUAUUCUUCGGAUUUGCCCUUGGAAAUCGACUGCCCAUUGUGCAAAUCAUCUAUCAGGUCGGCGCGGCUCGAGCAUCAUCUUGCUAGACAUCUUGAAGAGUUGGCUCUUUUUGCUAUUCCACGAGGUGGUAAUGAAGAUGAUGUAGACUCGGACCAGUCUGGGAACAGGUCAGAUGAUGGAAGGCUGGAAAUUGGAGAUCUGAGUAGCGAAAGCGAGGAUCAGGAUGAGCAAAAGAAUGGAAAGCCAACCCUUGACGCAGAAGAGCAGCCGGUAUUGAAUGAUGCCCUCAGCUAUCUUGAUCAGGUCAAACUCCGCUUCAUCGAUCAUCCAGAUGUCUAUAAUCGUUUCCUUGCCAUCAUGAAAGAUUUCAAAAGCCAAGCCAUUGACACGCCUGGAGUUAUCGGGCGAGUCGCUAACCUUUUCUAUGGACACCCAGACCUGUUGCAGGGAUACAAUGCCUUCCUUCCUCCAGGUUAUAGGAUUGAGUGUGGCACUGUUGAUAGUCCUAAUGCAAUUAGGGUCACUACCCCUACUGGCACGGUGGCCAGUCAUAUACCCCCGUCAGGUCCAUCUGACCAUGAUUUUUCCGCUAUACCUGGGAAGCAGACAUCUGGUCAGGGAGACGAGACCCCACUAAGUGAACAUCAUAGCUCCGGAGCACGAUCCCCAAAAUUCGCUCCAGAGGCGAUUCCUCCGGCGCAAAGCAUCAAAGUCCAGCUGUCCCAAUUAGACUCCAUGUCUCAAGGGGACGUCUUGAAGCGCUUCUUGGGACCAGCAGAGGCGGUUGAAGACGCCUCAGGAACCGAUCCUGAUGGCCUUACAGUGGAAUCUGUUGCCGGCAGCCCAUCAGAGGCCAUGAUUCAAACAUUGCUGACGGCGGGAACCAAAAAGCUCCUUGAUGACGAGCCGGAACAUGGUAGCAGAGAGCUUGAGGAGCAUGAAAAUAGGCCAAAUGAAAUGCCAGCAUGGACGAGUCAGUCUCAACUUGCGGACAACCAAAUUGGCGGAAACCCUUCAAUCGAAGAUAACGAGGACCCGGAACGCCUGCUCCUGAGGCAUAAGGGUCAGACGUAUGAGUUGCAAUUUCAUCCACUUGCAAUCACCAACGGAGGCCUCGCCAUAGGCGAUAUCAGGAAAUACGCAGCGGUAAAGCUAGGUGUGCAGUCGCAGAGAGUGAGGUUGUUCUAUAAGGCGACGAAGCUGGCAGACGACACUGCCCCGGUGAAGGCAUAUGGGCUCAAGAAGGAGAGCGAAAUUAUGUGCGUCGUUACAGCAGAUGACCAUCAACGUGGGACCUCUAUGUCAUCCGGAGAUGAGGGCAAGCAUCCCCCCGACGCUGCUAAAGCCAAGGAAGAGGCAGAAGCGAAGCUCAAAGAGGCUGAAGCCAAAUCAGCAGAGGCGGAAGCAGCGGCGGCGAAGGCGAAAGAAGAGGCAGAAGCUGCGGCGAAGGCUGAUUAUUACGACCCUGAGGUAGACGUGAUACCCUCAUAUUCUGGCCUGGUGGCAGCGGGGAUCCAUUACAACCCCGAGCAAUCUCCGCCGCCAUAUAUCCCAACAUCUCCGUCAUCAUCAGGAUCAGUGUCGCCGGAGCCGGACACAAUAACGAACGACCAAGAGGGCCAUACCGAAUCUCCUCGCCUCCCUGCCAAGAAGAAACCGAAGAGGAAAAAGAGAAGGAAGGGUCAAACUCGCCUAUCGCAAGGUGACGCGGUACUGAUCAGCUAUCUAGACCCAAAUCGUCCGGAUAUAGCGCGAGAGGUGGCUCAACACGCAUUGAAUUCUGCCUCUCAGUCGGAGGCUGAGGAAGACACAGAGAAGGACAUGAGUGGAGAUGGUGGCCGGAAACGAGCAAUGCCGCAUCAUCACCGUGUGGCCGAUGUCUUACCGUACGACUCGAGCAGUUCCGAAGAAGUCGAUUAUGAGACGCGCAAGGCAUUAGAAAAAUUAAAUUUGAUCUUUGAGGAGGAGAAGGCGGCCGAUGAAGUCGAUUAUGAGACGCGCAAGGCAUUAGAAAAAUUAAAAAUCUUUGAGGAGGAAAAGGCGGCUGAGGAGGCACAGAAGAAGUACAUAGCAGAUAUGGAGCUCAAGAGGGCUAAAGAGCAUUUGGAGAAGGCGGAGGCAGAGGAGAAGCGGAAAGCGCUCGAGAAGAAGGCGGUUGAGGAGUGGCAACGAGAACAAGACGCCAAGAAAGAGAGGGAGAAGAAAGAGAAGGAAGAGCUGGAUAAGAAGGUCGAGCAACGACUGCGACAAGAGCUUGCGGACCGCAAAUAUACUCCUGCCGAGAUCGAAGCCUUCUUGAAGUUUGAAAGUUAA